AUGGGCUUCGGCUUCGCCGACGGUAAAAUUUGGGUACGAAACUAUCAAAUCAGCGAGGAAGAAGCCUCGGUGGUGCUGUCGGGUGAUGAUGACAAAGGCAAGAAACCAAAGGGCGGUGCGACUAGCAGAGCUGGCAACACCGAAAUCAAGCUCAUUGAAAUUGGUCCUCGAUUUGUGCGCACACCCAUCAUCAUCCAAGAAGGUUCUUUUGGCGGACCAAUCAUCUAUGAAAACCGGGAAUCCAAUUCGCCCAAUCAACUCCGAUCUGAUAUUCGCAAGGCCAAGGCUUCCAGGCACGAUGCCAGAGUAGAACAGAACAUGGACAGGCUGUCAAGAAAGGGAGAGCUAGGAUUACGAUCUAGCAGUGGCCAGAGGCGGGCCAAGGACGAGCUUAAGGCGAAAGAAAAUGGGAAGACGACCAAGGCCUCAAAGCCUCUCGAUAUGGGAAAUAUGGAGCCUGGCUAUGCUGGCUUUACUGAUGACCCGACUGAGGAAACCGUUCAAGUAGCAAGACGAGCUGUCAUCCUCAGUGUUCCAAGUAGAGCAGCCAGCGCAAUCCACCACAGCCUGCAGUCAAAAGAGAGACUCCUGGACUGCUUCCUGUGA